AUGGCUCCUCGAAAACCCAGUGGGACUAAACGGGUGACUAGUGCCACCCGGAGAAAGAAAACAACCACCGAGUCCGCUCCAGCGGCUGCUUUCAACCUUGAAGCUUCCAAAGCGGAGACACAAACCAUAACAGAUCCUGAUCCUCAACAAGAGGCCAUUGUGACAAUUGAAGAGAUCUAUCGAGCGCAAGAGAAUGAUGAACUUAUGGGCUUGCUUUCGAGGUUACAAGGCAAUGACCUGGCCUUUACCAAAUACAAGAACACUAUGAGCCAAUUGCUUGAACAGCAAGAAAAGAUGAUACACAAAUUGAAUGAGCAAGUGAGUAAGCAGGAAGAGAAGGAGAAGGCUCUUGUAAAGGAAAUGAACCGGUUGAAAUAUGCUACUCAAAGUACGGCAGGAACGCCAAUUAAAAGGAAAAGAGGCGAACGAAUACAGCAAGAAGAUGAUGAAGACGAUAUGGAUGAAGAUGAAGAUGAAGUCGAAGAUGGGCCAAAUAAUCCAAAGACUUUUAUGUCACCUAUUCGGCAGAAAACAAAGACUAAGAUAAGUGAACCAGAUAUGGUACGAGAAAUGGAAAAUAUAGCAAUAACGUUUGAUAUGUUGGAGCUUUUAACAGGAGUCAAGGUAAACAAUUUCCAAGAUGAUGACACCAAGUUUUAUUUUGAAGUGAAACAAGCAAGCAGAGAUAACGAGGAGAUUUACAUUGAAUAUUCUUUGGUGCUUCUGAAAGAUCUGGCACAUGCUGGACAAAUUCAAUAUGAUCCUACAUUUCUUGAAGACUCUGAUGUCAACAGAGUCAACCAAUUGAAGCAGAUACUUCCUGCUAAACUAUGUGGACCUUUGACGUUCCAUUAUGAUACGAUUGCACAGUUUUAUGAUAAAGUCAGUCGAGCACUAACCAAAGCCAGCCAAAAUGGGAAAAUAUAG